AGCGAUCAGCUUGCGGAAUGGUCUUAAGCUUCUAUUUUUGGUGGAUUGGUUGUGUCUGAGUUUUUAAACAAAAGCCAAUGUUUUGAAUUUUCUUUGGGUAUCAUCAACUUGAUACUGAUGGCAAUCUUCCUCAAAAUAAGUUGCUAAUGCUGUGUCCACUUGUUUUAACUUAUAUUUGAUGAAAUGGUUUUGGGCUGAUGGUACACAAAGGGAAGGUCUCGCUCACAGGUCUGAGAUACAAAUGUGGCCUUGCUAACCUGCAAUCUUCAUGGGUUCCAGCAUCUAUAUACCCUGUCAAUAUUUUCUUUUUCCAUUUUUUAUUUUUUCUAUGAUUGUUAUGCACAAUAGGAUUGUAGUAUUAUAAUAAAAUUGCCAAACCCUGUGGAUAUUGUGAUUAAGAACUUUUCAUAUAGGGCCUGCAAGUGAAUAUUAAUCUGCUUUUGAGGUGAUAGCUAUGUUAUAAUUAUCUCAUGAAUAUCAGUUUUUCUGUUAUGCAUUGAUUCUACAUCUGUUUAUAUUGAUGUCUUGGGAUAUUUCUUCUACCUCAAAAGGGAUAUAAGCUGACCAAGCAGGGUAAAGCUCUAUUCAAAAUGGCAUGGAGGCAAACUAAGUUUGAAAAGCAAGAGGGACAGAUGUUAUCCACCAUGGAGAUGGAUACAAAUUCAGCGGGAAGGAUGGAAACUAAUGCAUCAAAUAUAUCAUUAGGACAUCUUUUGUUCAAGAGAGUGGUAAAUCGGGGGCAAAUUGAUAACGAUGAUACAGACAAGAAGUUUCUUGGGGAAGGAUAUAUUGUUGUUACUCCUCUUGGAGCUCUCUCUCAUGCUGACCCUGAUGGUGUGUCCUACUUUAAGCAAUGGUUGCCAAGUGUGAUUGGUCCCCCUUUUUCAUCAGCCUUAUAAUGAUGUUAACAUUCCUCUGUUAUUUUGAAGGACUGAUCAGAAGAGCCUUUUGAACUAAAGAAGUGCAGAAUUCUCUGGAGCUCUGUUCUGCAUUGAAAUUGUUCUCUUCCGUUCAGAUUGUUGAGGUAUCACAUAAUUCUCAGCCUUCUUUUUAUUAAAAACCUCAGGGCAUCUGAAAAUAUGUUAAGAUCCUCUUGUUGCUUCGUAUAGAGGAAAAACCCAUGUCUUAUAGGGUAUCAUACAAAUAUUAAUUAAUAUAAGAGGAUAACCCUUGCAGCACCUUGGAUCUAUUUUCAUUUUCAGAAAUAAUAAGAGAUAUUAGUUUCU